AUGCCGGUUGAGAUCACCCCCAUCAAGCAUGAAGACAUCCCAGGGGCUGCCAGGUGCAUCCAGAGUGCUUUCAGCUCCGACCCAUAUUUCAAAUGGGUAUUUGAUCCCUCAAAUUAUAAUAAAAACCGCAACAUCUCCUCUCUGACUCUUCGCUGUGAAUGGGGCAUUCGAAAUGCACUCUUCUACGUGGCCAAAGAUACCGAUUCACAAGAACCCAGCAGAGUCCUGGGCGUCUCCAUGUGGCUGCCUCCGAAAUCGGCCAAUGAGCCCGAAUCUUGGUCAUCUUUCCUCGGCUCCUAUCUCCUCUGGUUCAAGCAAGGUCUCCUGAACGUCCAACACCUCGGUCGUGGCGGGCUGAUAUAUCGUCGCUACCAGAUCUGGAAGCGCAGUCAAGCCGAGGCCCAACGAGAGAUCUGGACAGAUCCUAACGGGUAUUACUUUUGCAACAUCGUCGUGGUGCAUCCCAAAGAGCAGGGAAGGGGGUUGGGGAGGAAGCUCAUGGAGAUCGUUACUGAUCAAGCCGACAAAGAGGGGAGAAGAUGCUAUCUGGAGAGCUCGAGAAAGGAGCCGAACGUCGAGAUCUACGGGAAGAUGGGAUUCAAGGUUCUAAGGCGUAUGAUCUGUGAGGAUGAUGGGGAAAAAUGCGAUCUGUAUUGUAUGGUCAGGGAACCACUUCAAGGCGACAGGCAAUGA